GGGGCGUGGCAUGUAAGUAACCGGUAAACACAGAACUCCGCUCGAAACAGCACAACGGAGGUGAGAAAGGCUGACGUCCAGACAGAACUGCGUUGUUCAGCGCGUCUACUAAGCACAAUCAACAGCAGCAAGAGGUCACCAUGACCGACAGGAAGGCUGUCAUAAAGAAUGCCGACAUGUCAGAGGACAUGCAGCAGGAUGCUGUGGACUGUGCCACUCAGGCCAUGGAGAAAUACAACAUUGAGAAGGAUAUCGCUGCUUACAUCAAGAAGGAGUUUGACAAGAAGUACAACCCCACGUGGCAUUGCAUUGUGGGUAGAAACUUUGGCAGCUACGUGACGCAUGAAACCAAACACUUCAUCUACUUCUACCUGGGCCAGGUGGCCAUCCUGCUCUUCAAGUCUGGUUGAACCCCUACACCUUAACCUCUACUCCCUAAACACCUGACGUCUACCUGGGUCAUCCUCCAGCUCUCUCUCCUCCCGUCUCCACUGACCGCGGCAGGCCGCUACUCCUACCCUGGAUCGUGAUACAUUGAUGGUUGUGGCCACACACACAUUGAAGAGUUCUAGAUGAUUCUCCAUUGUCUGUGGGGUGCUGCAUGGGUGUGUAUCUGGUGUGUAUCUGUUGCAGUAUAAUUAACAUGAUGGGAUACAUCCUGUCCCUAUACACUAUUCCUUAUGUAGUGCACCACUUUUGACCAGGGCCCAUAGGGAGGGUGGGGGACGGGGGCGGGGCAUUUGGGACACAACUAAUGACUACAUGUGUAUAUUUUGCAGUAUGAGGAAAUUGCUACACAGAGUUGCUGAAGGCCUACAAAGUAGAGAUUAUUAUGUUAAAAUGCAUUUUUUUUGCUUUGCACUGCUGUAUAAAAUGCUUUGACUGUU